AUGGCUUCAUAAAGAACAUUAUUAGUUAUAGGAGGUUGUGGAAAUUUAGGUCGCUCUGUUAUUAGCAAAUUUAAGAGUAACUGGAACAUAGCUAGCAUUGGUCUUAAUAUUAAUAAUGAAUCAAAUAAAAAUAUUAUCCUACCUCAAAAUUAAUCAGCAUCUUAGUAUGUCAGUGAAGUCAAAUAGUAAUUGAAAAGCUUCAGUCCUUCCUACGAUGCUAUAAUUUGCGUAGCAGGUGGAUGGAAUGGAGGGUCAAUUAAAGACUCUAACGUUUUUGAAACUUAUCAUAAGAUGCACUCAGUUAAUGUUAUUCCUUCCAUUUUAGCUGCUCAUCUUUCAACUCAUUUUUUGAGGAAAAAUGGUCUUCUUGUUUUUACUGGUGCUGGCGGCAUCAUAAAUAAUCCUUGCCAUGACAUGAUUGGAUAUGGUCUUUCUAAAGUUGCUGUUCAUUCUUUAGCUUCAACAAUGGCUGUUUCAAAAGAUAUGCCAGAAGGUUCUACUGUAGUAACAAUUUUACCAAAGGUUAUUGAUACUCCUUAAAAUAGAGAAGCUAUGCCUGAUUCAGAUUUUAGCACAUGGGCAAAGCCAGAAUAAAUUUCAGGACUUUUAAAAAUGUGGGCUGAGGGCAACAAUCUUCCUAAAACAGGAUCAUUUGCUAUGCUCAAUGUGUAAAAUGGUAGUGUAGUUCCUGAAUUUAUUUGA